AUGGAGCACCUGCACAGAACAAAGGAAGGUGAGAACAAGGGUCAUCAUUAUCUUGGAAAAGAAACAAAGAAUCAAAUAAUUAAUCUUAUUGGAUCAUCUAUAACCAACAACAUUCUAUUAAUGAUGAAAUCUGCAAAGUAUUACUGUAUAAUUCUGGACUGCACACAAGAUAUUUCAAACAUUGAGCAGAUGACAGUUGUGGUACGUUUUGUCCAGGAGACAAAACUCCACGGGGUAUAUGAUGUCCAAAUUUGGGAGCAUUUCCUGGCAUUUCUUCCAGUGCCUGAUUCUUUAUGCUCCACUUUGAUGCAGGUCGUACUCAAGUUCUUGGAAGAUAAAAAAAUCCUAUUGUGUAAUAUGAGAGGGCAAGAAAGAACCACUGAUGACCUUACUCCGCUGAGGUUUCAAAUUGGAGAUGUUUUUGAUGCACUGGUUCAGAUAUCAGAAAAAUUCAAUGGCAUGACCGCUCACGAAACAAGGUUACUUGUGAAUCAAAUAAAAAUUUACGCCUUUCUCACAUCUCUGGUAAUCUGA